ACGCGGGCAUCUCGGUCAAGCCUGCGACUGAUCUUUCUUUCUUUCCUCCUCACCCUGAGCUCUCUUUCCAUCAUCCGCCGACUUUUUUUCGUCCGCAGCUCAGUUGCCGCUCGCUUCGUUUGCUCAUUCACUCGUUUCUCAUACUAUGCGCGUCGCUUCCUUCACGUGGGCCGCUCUGGCCACCGCCGUCUUUGCAAGCCAUGCAAGGGAUUGCACGAGGACGGUGCACACUACGACUACAAUCACUCGUGUAGGCCCAGUGGCAACCGCGACCAAGACACGGACGGUGAAAGGCGCCACAUCUACUUUGGUCAUUGCUGCCCCUUCUGGGUUCCAGCCGGUUCAGUCCUCUUUGCCUGGCGCUGUAUACCAAGGCAGCGGGGGUAGCGACCCCAUUGUAGCGAAGCGCGAUACGCUUGAAGCUCGUAACGAUGUCGAAGAAUCUCUGAUGGAUGGAAUGUGGCGCCGUGCUGAAAUAGCCGCGCGAGCCGGCGCCUGCCAAACGACGACUUCAACUAUGACCAAAUAUUUCACCAAAGCCCCAUCCACGAAAACGGUCAUUAGCACGAGCACAAGCUACGCUACCACAACUACCGUCUACGCCGCCUGCGCUUCCAACAACCUCGCGGACUACUACACUCCGACUGGCCAGAUUUUGAACGGUGGAGGGCCGUUUCAAAUCUCGGGGGUCUCGUUCAGUAGACUUGAAGAUUCACCUACUGCAUACGGCUGCUGCGUCCAAGCUCUUCUAGCGGACAACAGUGGCGCUGCGUGGGGCUAUAUCCCACAGAAUGGAGGCUGUGUCUCCUUCUCCGUCGAUACCUGCUCCGACCCAGGCGCACAAUCCACGAACGCGUUCCAGGCGAACACGGCCAGCUCGAGUGUCCAUGCAGUAGUCCUUGGGAAUCUGCCGCGCGGAGCGUGGGACGUUGUCGGAUCGUCACCGCCUCAGGCAGCGUCGUCAGCUGUGCCACCACCGUCUUGAGUUCCCUUGGCGUGUCCAUUAUGAGGGUGCAAUGGGGAUCAUUUGGCAGUUCUGUGGUUGCGGUGAUGCGUAAAAUAUGACAGCAACACGAAUACGGUCGUUACAACAUCAUGUGUGAUUUGUGAUGUUCAAAGGGACACCGGGCGGGCAUUUGCAUUGUCUCGGUAGCCGCGCAGCCUGAUGCGGGACUUCCCGAACAGCCUUUCAUUGGCGGUUUGCACUCGUUUGUCGUUCAGAUAUGAAACAUCAGACCUGAUUUGGAACGCUUGAA